UUUGGGAGUUUUCAUAUUUAUAUUGGCCCUAAAAUUUUAGACAUUUCCAGCCCCAGUCCACUCGAAAUUUUUUCUUUCUUCCACCACUCGCCGCCGAUAGCGCCGCCACUGUCCUCUGUCGCCGCCGACAUUCUUUUCCUCUUUCUCUCGCCGUUUCGCUACGCCCUUUUCUCAACUGAAGCCGCUAUCGCUGCCGUCCUAUCAAUUGGUUUUUCUUUCCAUUAAAUUAGUUUAAAACCACUUGGAGCACCAGUCGUGGUCAAAUUAAAGUUAAUCUUGGUUGAGGCAAGGAAUCUAUAAGCCUUUGUUCUUUUCUGUCCGUUAAGAUGGCAGAUUCAAGCGAGCCCCAGGAUCCUGGAAAAGAACUUCGGCAAUCUGAAACAGAACCUCAACAAUCUGAACAAGUCUGCAACUUCUUUAGGAAGCCAACGAAGGGCAAAAACAUAAGGAAAAGGACAAUAAAUGAGGAUGAAGAUGAAGACUCCAGAAAUGGCACAUCUUUGUUGCACAAUCAAAAAAAGGCUUCGAAGCCUGACGAUAAGUUGUACUUUUCAACUGGAUCCUCCAAGAGUGCUACUGCCACUGAAUCAAGUACUGAAUCUCACAAGCCGGUUUUUCAAUUUGAGUCUUCCACGGAAAUUCAAGUCCAAAAUGAUAGCAGAGCUACAGCAAUCUUAGAAACUGAGACUGAGUUUACAAAAGAUGCUCGAGCUAUACGUGAGAAAGUUCUUAAACGAGCAGAGGAUGCUUUGAAGGGGAAAAGCACAAUCUCUGGGGGAGAAAAAUUGUACACUGGAAUGCAUGGCUAUGUGGAUCAUAAAGCCGGAUUUCGAAGAGAACAAACCGUUGCCAGUGAGAAAGCAGGUGGCUCUCAUGGACCUCUUAGAGCUUCUGCCCACAUCAGGGUUUCAGCAAGAUUUGAUUAUCAACCCGACAUCUGUAAAGACUACAAAGAAACCGGUUACUGUGGUUAUGGAGAUUCAUGUAAGUUUAUGCAUGAUCGUGGAGAUUACAAGUCUGGGUGGCAGUUAGAGAAAGAGUGGGAAGAAGCAGAGAAAGCAAGGAAAAGAAAUCUUGCUUUGGGUGAGGGGAAUGACGAUGAUGAGGCAGGGGUAGUUCAGAGUGAUGAUGAUGAUGAUGAUACAUUGCCCUUUGCCUGUUUUAUUUGCCGGCAGCCAUUUGUUGAUCCUGUUGUUACUAAAUGCAAGCACUACUUCUGCGAGCACUGUGCUUUAAAGCAUCAUGCGAAGAAUAAGAAGUGCUUCGUAUGCAACCAACCCACGCUUGGCAUUUUCAAUGCAGCUCAUGAGAUACGUAGAAAGAUGGCUGAAGAGGGUAAACUCAAAGGCCAUUGAUGCUUCUGCUUCAAUCCUGCUGUCUUUUAACAUUUUUGUUUGUUGUUUAGUGUUGUAGCUGACUAUGCUACUCUUGUUAGACUCAGUCUUGGGUUUUUAUCCGACAUAAAUAUAUACAUUAUACAUAUUUUAUUUUGAAGAUUUUCAUGUAUGUCCAGAAAGUUGUCCGAUGCGUGCCAAACGCAAAUAAUUAUUUCUCUAAUAUUAUUUUUUUGCAUAUAUAAAAAGGGUAUAUUUUGGUAAAA